AGCAAGGCCGCCGCUGCAGACAAGUGGCGCUGCUUUCCACGGUAGAAUUUUUGAAGAAGAAAAAACACAUGAAAUUAAACAAAUAAAGUACAUAAAAGACUAAAAGAGACAGGGUUUGACCUCCGGUUCUAUAGCUUGGGUGACCUUUGAUCGGUUUGCUGUCAUCGUGAGAAAAAUUAAGACAAAAAUAUGAGAGGGAUGCUGAGGGCGGACAGGCUGAUGUCCACGAUUGCAGCCACAAACCGGACAGUCAAAUCGUUGAAAGAUGUUCCAGGUCCGAUGACCCUGCCUUUAAUCGGGAACCUUCAUUUAUAUAAAUUAGGCAUUUUCAAGGUUGACAGGUACCACAAAGUUUUGAACCAACUUCGGCAAAAGUACGGACCCAUUGUUCAACAGAAAAUUGGAUCUGAGAGGGUGGUGCAUGUUUUCGAUCCGGACGAUGUCAGAAGAGUUUAUCAAACCGAGGGAAAGUGGCCGUACGUGGCGCCCCUGCAAGAAACUGUCCAACUCUACAGAGAAAAGCGAGGUCUUUCGCUGGGGCUAGGCAAUCAAAACGGCGAAGACUGGUAUCGUCUGAGGGCAGCCACCCAGCAGGCCAUGCUUCGUCCGUCUUCGGUUGAGCAGUACUUGCCCUUGGUAAACGAAGCAGCCCUCGCUUUAGUUUCAAGAGUUAAAAAAUGUGUUGGGCCUGAUGGAGCUGAAGUUGACCAUCUACGAGAUCUGAUUGGAAAAUGGUCGCUAGAAUCUGCCGGGGCAGUUUGUUUUGAGCGAAAACUUGGUUGUCUCGAUGAAGGGAGGGGAGAAGAUCGAGCCCAGCAGAUGGUGGACGCAAACAAAAGAAUCUUCAAACUAUCUGGAGAACUAAAAUUUUCGCUUCCAAUUUACAAGUACAUCAGCACGCCCAAGUGGAAAGAACUGGUCAAAGCUGAGGACCUUUUCUUUAGUUUGGCAUCCAGCAUAGUAAAGGAAACAAUUCAAGAAAUUAAAAAAAUGAAAAGUGGAGACGAAGAAGGAAAGAAAAAGAAGUACAGCUUUUUAGGAUACCUUUUAUCCCAGCCAGAUUUAACCAGUUCAGAUGUCGACAUCAUCACCCUCUCUCUUUUUGGAGAUGGUUUGAGCACAACGACCCCAUUUUUGUUGAAUUGUCUCCGCUCCUUAGCCGACAACCCCGAAGUACAAGAGAAGCUAAGGGCUGAGAUUAAAGAGGCUGUGAGGGAGGAUGGAUCUCUGAAACCUGAAAUCUUCAAUAACUUGCCAUACCUUAGAGCAUUUAUAAAGGAAGCGUUCCGAGUUUACCCCAAUGGAACAGAAGUCUCGAGGAUUAUUCCAGAGGACUUGGAACUCAGUGGCUAUCUCAUACCUGCUGGGACCCACGUCAAUCUGAAUAUGAGUGUUAACUUCAAGUCGAAAGAAUUCUUCUCCGAUCCAGAGAAAUUCCGACCGGAAAGAUGGAUUAGAGGAGAAGGUGAUAAAAUCAAACAAUACAUUUUGACACCUUUCGGCCAUGGUACCAGAACCUGUGCUGGAAGGAGAUUUGCCGAACAAGAUUUGCGUGUGUCGAUAUCUCAGAUUUUGAUAAACUUCCGACUGCAAUCGGUGGCAGAAAAGCCACUGGAGCACAUCUACGAAACACUUCUCUUCCCCAUUGAACCUAUUGGAGUCAAAUUUGUGCCAAUCUCUGUGUAAAAAUUUAAGAAACUCAGUUUGUUAAUUCCAAAAAAAUUAUAUUUUUCUAUAAUCAAACAAAUAUGAAAUACUUGAGACUGAUGAAAUUAAAAAAAAGCUGGAAUUUUAUUAAAUUUAAAUAAUUUUUUUUCAUGCAGUUAUAUUAA